GAUGACGUCACCGACGGCGCCAGUGACCGCGCCGCCAUUUACCGGAGGGGGCGAUGAGCGGCCAAAGAGCGAAGUUGGAUCUUGUUCAGGAGCAUGGCCUCGGGGGCUAUGAUUCAGAAUUCAGUGAGGAUGAAAAUGAAGCAGAGACAUCCAACUGUAAAAGUCAAAGGGCAAAUAAAGAUGCUGCACUACUUACAAAGCCAUUCCAAAAGGAAAAAUAUGCCCGGGUGGCUCACAAGCAAGUUGCAGCUCAUGAAUGGGACAGGGAGGAAGCAAGAAACCGUCGUUUCCACCUUAUUGCCAUGGAUGCUUAUGCACGGCACAAGAAAUACAUCAAUGACUAUUUGCUAUAUUACGGUGGCUCAAAAGAAGACUUAAAGAGAUCAACAGUGAAUGAUAAAACAGACCUGGACGUGAUAAAAGAAAACCAUAGAUUUUUAUGGACAGAAGAUGAUGAAACUGAUAUGACUUGGGAGAAAACACUUGCAAAGAAAUACUAUGAUAAAUUAUUCAAAGAAUAUUGUAUUGCUGAUUUGAGUCGAUACAAAUACAAUAAGUUUGGAUUUCGAUGGCGAGUAGAUAAAGAAGUAAUUUCAGGGAAAGGUCAAUUUUGCUGUGGUAACAAACACUGUGAUGAGAAAGAAGGACUGAAAAGCUGGGAGGUUAACUUUGGUUACAUUGAACAUGGGGAGAAAAGAAAUGCCCUCGUGAAACUGAGAUUGUGCCCAGAAUGCUCCUAUAAACUGAACUAUCACCACGGGAAGAAAGAAGUGAAAGCUGUAAAAAGGAAACACAGAGAGGGACACCACCAAGAUGUCCCAGCAGAAAAGAGAGCCAAGACCACAGAGAAGCACAGUUGUAAAAAUAAUGGCAAAUCUUCCACAAGCAAAACAGAAAACAAUGACGAUACUGACCAAGAAACAGAAGAUAAGCAGGAUGCAGAUGAUCCCUCAGCGACUGAAUACUGGAAAGGGCCAGCUCAGGAUGUUGAAGAUAAAACCAAGGAGGAUGAAUUUGAUGAAUAUUUUGAAGACAUGUUUCUGUGAGCUGUGCUUUGAAGAGGAUGUCAAAGAUUAAUCACUUCAUACAAUAUGUCCCAGAAGAAGUUUCCUCAAUUGUUACUUAAAUAUCUAAUUUACCUUUUAGGAAUCAAAGUUAAUUUUUACAGGCAACAAAUUUUAUUUUUCAAAUUUAAAUCUAAACAUUGAUAAACCCAGGAGAAUAUGAAAUUUGAAAGCUGAGAAUCCAAAACACUCAAUUGUGAACAUGACUAUUAUAGCAAAAUAUUUCUAGUUAGCUAUAUAACAAUUAUCACAGAAGAAGAGCUUCCAUCUGCUACGUUUAGUAAUUUGGUGCAGUCAUCUUGGGAAAUCAAAGACAUCUCCAAGUUGUCAAUAAUCCACUUUGAAUUGUUAAGUUUUAAUUGUAUGAAUACUCCAAAUGACAGAAAAUGUUUUUGUUUAUUAAGCAGGGCAGCAAGAUUAAAUUAUUAACUUACUUGCUUACUGUUUUUAGUUGUUCUGGUGUGUGUGGAUAAGGGAUUUAUCAGUGAAGUCCUAUAACAUAACCGGUGAUGUGUCAGCUUAUUCUAUAAAGGGAGCAUUAAAUUAGCUUCUUUAUUCUUUUAAAUGAAGAACUGAUUUAUAUAGGUGCAAGCAUUUUGUUUCUUUGUAUUUUAUUUUUAUUUUACUGUUAUAUGUUCCCUAAAUAAACCACACAUUUGAGUUUUUUUAA